GGAAACGUGGGGAGGAUAAGAAGAACGGACCUUUUGUCUGAAAAAAGAACGCACCUUGAGACAGCACAUAACCUUCAUUGUAGAUGAACCAACGAGAGUUUGACUUUUCCGUGUUGCGGCGCAAUAACAAAGACAUUUUCUCAUAGUGAUUUGUUGAUACACAUUGUGACUUGUUUGUUAACGAGAAAGUAUCACGAGCGGAGGAAAGUAUAUAUUUAAUUAGUAGCGACACAUAGUGCGAGAAGAAAUUAAAACUGUGUGAAAGAAAAAAGAUCUUUGACAACUCGAGACGUCAAUGAACAGUCAGGAUGGAUAAAAUUUUCAAAUCCAUUCGCACAAAUCGACCGACGUUGUUUAGGACUUUAACGAACGACCAAUGCGUACAGGCCUCGAAUAAGUCAUACACGGAGCGAUGCGCAUCCACGGUUAACGGAUUGUUAUCAGCGCGAGAAUACUCGACGACUUUCCAAAUUAACACCAGGUAUUUGUACAAUGGAAACACAGGAAGAAUGGUUUGCGUGCUAUCCUCUAGACACAGGCCCCUGAUAUCUGGUCAACAGAGACGCGAUAUGUUCAUUCAAACGCAGGAUACGCCGAAUCCAAACAGCUUGAAAUUUAUCCCGGGGGUAUCUGUGUUGGGGGAAGGAUGCACGAAAGAUUUCCCAAGUGCCAGAGACGCGUAUUGUUCGCCCCUGGCGAAGAUGUUAUUCCGUAUUGAAGGUGUAAAAGCCAUCUUCUUUGGGCCUGACUUCAUCACAGUUACGAAGCUCGAUGAAGAUAUAGAAUGGAAGUUAUUGAAACCAGAAGUAUUCGCCAUCAUCAUGGACUUCUUCGCGAGCGGAUUACCGAUCAUGGACGAAUCUGAACCCGCAGCGGAUACACAGAUCAGCGCGGACGAUGACGAAGUCGUUCAGAUGAUAAAAGAACUGUUGGAUACGCGGAUACGCCCUACAGUGCAGGAAGAUGGCGGCGACAUUGUAUUUAUGGGCUUCGAGGAAGGUAUUGUAAAAUUGAAGAUGCAAGGCUCCUGCACGAAUUGCCCGAGCUCAGUGGUGACACUGAGGAACGGUGUGCAGAAUAUGAUGCAGUUUUACAUACCCGAGGUGCUCGGAGUUAUACAGGUGGAGGACGAGACGGAUAAAGUCGCGGAGAGAGAAUUUCAGAAAUUCGAGCAGAAGAUUAAGAAAACGGAAGAAAGGAAAGAGAAGUAGAUUUUUAUGGCAAUUGUUGAGCGCGAUCGUCUCUCCAUCGGCGUCUCGUGUAAUCUCGUACGCAGUAGUAAAAAUGUGUCUGCUUCAACGUUGAAGUAUGUAAAUAAAGAAAGCAAGGCGAGCUAGGUUUCCAAGAGAA